CUCCCUCUUAAGGUUCAACCAAGCCCACUGUUAGCUGAGUUCAGCAGUGACGACAGUGCUGUUACUCUUGACAGUCCUAAAUAAAUGGCGAUCACAUCCCCCGCUAAUUGAUCACCCUUGAUUUUGACCUUGCACUUUUGUUUUCUCGCUCCCCCAGCCUGACUUCACUGUCGCGUGUCCCAUUUCCCUUUUCAUUGUUUUGGCCCCGAUAUGGUCGCCGCCGCCAGAACAGUCAAUACGCUCAAGGCCGGCGCUCGUCGUCUGUCCAAACGUCUGCUCCUGUCGUAUAUCAUCGACUGGAUUUUGAUACUGGGUAUCGCAGCAGUUGGCGGUGCGUUCAAUCAAAUCGACGGAGCAAGACAUGCAUUUUCGCUGCAAGAUCCUACUAUUUCUUUCCCCUAUAGCGAAGACACCGUCACCGUUAGUGUUCUCCUGGUUAUCGUCUUGGUUGUCCCAGGUGUCAUCACCGCAUUCGUCUCUUUAAUUCUCAUCCCCGGUCCGACGGCUCAUCACAACACCCCCAAAGCCCUCAUUUGGCGCAGAAAGAUCUGGGAAUGGAAUACGGCAUGGAUGGGUCUUGGACUUUCCCUGGCAAGCGCCUUUAUGAUCACCGAGGGACUGAAGGAUGUGUCUGGUAAACCUCGACCGUUUACGCUGGCCGUGUGCGACCCAGACACCAGUGAAGAAUCUAUUCGCAGAUGGCAGGUAGGAGGUCUGGGGUCUUCGUUGGACUCUGCGGUUCCUAUUAUGGUGGAUUGGCACAUCUGUCGAAGUACAGAUGCGGAUAAGAUGAGAAAUGCCUUUGCCAGUUGGCCAUCAGGUCAUUCGAGCUUCAGCUGGGCUGGUCUAUUGUAUCUGACCUUCUUCCUCUGCGCCAAAUUCGCCGUCCAGAUCCCUUUCCUUCCCUCGUCCUCCACCAGUCGUCGAUUUGUUUCCACUUUCGACGAGGAAGACGAAGUCGAUCCAAAAGGAUCCAACAAAUCCCAACGACCAACAUCUCCCGGUGGAACUACCCUCGGACAGAACUUGCCUCCGCGCAACGAAUCAGCUGCUCCUCCAAUCUAUCUACUCAUCCUCGUCUUCAUCCCCGUUGGUGCAGCCCUAUAUAUUUCAGUGUCACGGUGGUAUGACUAUCGACAUCACGGAUUCGACAUCAUCUCAGGCUCUCUGAUCGGAAUAUUCACUGCCUGGUUUGGCUUCCGCUGGUACCAUCUACCUAUCCGGACAGGGUCGGGCUGGGCCUGGGGAGCGAGAAGUCGGGAUCGGGCGUUCUGGCUCGGAGUUGGUCGUGCAAACUACGUGGGGGAUGAAGGCUGGGACAGCGCCAAAACAUCUCGUCGUACACAGGUUGAGCUUGAUCAAGUCGUUACUGGCGGUGGAUUACCGGAUCAGCGAGAGGCUACCGAAGCAACAGUUGAUGACGACCGGCCCGGUUCGAGUAGUCGACAGGCCCAACCAGGUUCUAUGGUCUGAUUUACCGCAAUAGAAUUACGAAUACAAAAGUUGAUGUUCCUGAGCAUGCACAGCACAGUCUUUCCGGUUUCUUCAUUUUGUGAAUGAGCAGUCAAGCGAUACGCGACUCGGCGCAAUCUUCAAGACUAAACUGUGGAUUUAUCCAUCCCACAUCGCCCGGCUUUUCCUGGCUGGAGAACCAUAUCACUUUCGGUGUGAAACCUGAAGAACCGCAGCCUGCAAAUGACGCAUCACAGCAUCAUCCUUUUUAAACUCAUCCUGUUGCAGAUCGAUGUAACCCUCUUUUGCAUGCUGUCGCGGAAUGAUUCCAAACGCACGACCUGCACCGAGAUCAGCAAACUACGAAGUUGUUAUCAACUCAGAAUAAAAGUAUUAACCUACCAUGGAUGGACUCGUCAGUGGAAAUGCGGAGGACACAAUGAACCGAAUCUUCAACAUGGGCGAAAUCCGAAUCCUGCUUCUUGAGCUGAGCACCAAGUACACCAGCAACCUCGUCUGUCAUGAUGGGGGUAUGGAUGAACCUAGUAGUCAUGUUAACUCGGGGGAC